GUGAAAAAGUAUUUCUAUACGGUUGCUCCAAUGACAGAGUUACCUGCACCCCUGUCCUACUUCCAGAAUGCACAGAUGUCCGAAGACAACCACUUGAGCAAUACUGUACGUAGCCAGAAUGACAGUAGAGAACAGCACAGCAGUGAAAGGCGGCGGCGUGGCAACCCUGAGCCAUUAUCUAACGGACGACCCCAGGGUAGCUCACACCAGGUGGUGGAACAAGAUGAUGAAGAAGAUGAAGAGCUGACAUUGAAAUACGGCGCCAAACAUGUGAUCAUGCUUUUUGUCCCCGUGACUCUCUGUAUGGUGGUGGUCGUGGCUACCAUCAAAUCAGUCAGCUUCUAUACCCGGAAGGAUGGACAGCUAAUCUAUACCCCCUUCACGGAAGAUACUGAGACCGUGGGGCAGAGAGCCCUGCACUCAAUUCUGAAUGCUGCUAUCAUGAUCAGCGUCAUUGUUGUCAUGACUAUUCUCCUGGUGGUUCUGUAUAAAUACAGGUGCUAUAAGGUCAUUCAUGCCUGGCUUAUUAUCUCAUCUCUAUUGUUGCUGUUCUUUUUCUCAUUCAUUUACUUGGGGGAGGUGUUUAAAACCUACAAUGUUGCCAUGGACUACAUUACUGUUGCGCUCCUGAUCUGGAAUUUUGGUGUGGUGGGAAUGAUUGCAAUUCACUGGAAAGGGCCGCUGCGACUCCAGCAGGCAUAUCUCAUUAUGAUCAGUGCCCUCAUGGCCCUGGUAUUUAUCAAGUACCUUCCAGAAUGGACAGCGUGGCUCAUCUUGGCUGUGAUUUCAGUAUAUGAUUUAGUGGCUGUUUUGUGUCCAAAAGGCCCACUUCGUAUGCUGGUUGAAACAGCACAGGAGAGGAAUGAAACUCUUUUUCCAGCUCUCAUUUACUCCUCAACAAUGGUGUGGUUGGUGAACAUGGCAGAAGGAGAUCCAGAAGCCCAAAGGAAGGUAUCCAAAAACUCCAAUUAUAAUGCACAAAGCACGGAAAGUGAGACCCAAGACCCUGUGACAGAGAGUGAUGAUGGUGGCUUCAGUGAAGAGUGGGAAGCCCAGAGGGACAGUCGCCUCGGGCCUCAUCAUUCUACAACUGAGACACGAGCUGCUGUGCAGGAGCUUUCCAGCAACAUCCUUGCCAGUGAGGACCCAGAAGAAAGGGGAGUAAAACUUGGAUUAGGAGAUUUCAUUUUCUACAGUGUUCUGGUUGGUAAAGCUUCUGCAACAGCCAGUGGAGACUGGAACACAACCAUAGCCUGUUUUGUAGCCAUAUUAAUUGGUUUGUGCCUUACAUUAUUACUCCUUGCCAUUUUCAAGAAAGCAUUGCCAGCUCUUCCGAUCUCCAUCACUUUUGGGCUUGUUUUCUACUUUGCCACAGAUUAUCUUGUACAGCCCUUUAUGGACCAAUUAGCAUUCCAUCAAUUUUAUAUUUAGCAUAUUUGCAAUUAGAAUCCCAUGGAUUUUUCUCCUUUGACUAUAAUAAAAUCUGGGGAGGACAAAGAUGAUUUUCCUGUGUCCACAUCUAACAAAGGCAAGAUUCCCAGCUGGACUUUUUGCAGCUUCCUUCCAAGUCUUCCUGACCACCUGUACCAUUGGGCACUAGAAGGGAGGUAUCUACAGAAACUGGUUUGAACAUACGUCAUUGUGAUGGACUGAGUCCCUCGGUGCAAAAACUACCAGAUUUGAGGGACAAGGCUAAGGAAGAGGGAUGGACCACGAAGUUGCUGUGCUCCUGCCAGCCGAGUAACCCUUGGUUACAGGUGGAUUUUACUAACAUUGCAGACUCUCAGGACUACCAUUACCAAGAAAUUAAAUGGCGUGGUUUAAACCAAACAAGACUCUUCAUCUUAAACUACAUGUUGAAGAUCAACCUAAUUAACAUGUAUUGAAUUCUGAAAUUUUUCAGGAGGUACUGUAAGGAAAGCGGGCACCAGCGGCAAAAUGAAAAGGUUUUUGAAAAGGGGCUCCAACUUUCACUUUCAGAUCUUUUUUGCUGCAGACUUAUCAUUUUUAAAUAAGACUUUUUUUUUCCACUUUGAGUCAAGUCAGAUGUAUAGGUUGAUUUUGAAAAGUUUCAUUUUCAAGAACUGAAAUUCAGUACUAUCAACGGUUGCCAUGUCUUCCCACGGCCAGUAUGAACUGAUCUUGAGGCUUGCUUUAUCCUAAAAGUCUUAGCCUCAGGUUCUAAAUUCAGUAAUUUCUGGAAAGAGUGGAAUGAUACCCAAACGGUUUCCUAUCAGCCUUAGGUGCAUUCUGGAUUUUCCACCAAAUUCUUUAUUUUUACACAUACUUGUAGGGUCACUUGCCCCUGGAUGCUUCCAUCGUUCCCAUCUCUCCCUGACUCCCCCAUAAGCAUUCUCUUACACAGUAAAUGAGACAGCUCUGUUGUGGUAGCAGAUAAUACAGUUAUUCUAGGAUUUUACUCUUUGUGUGGUGCAAAGAACGUGUUAUAAAUCAGUGCUGUCAGCCUCGCUGUCAUAAUUUCUUCAGUAGCAAAUACAAUGUGUGCCCAAAGACAGUGGAAUUAAAGAAGAGUAAAAUGGCUGGUGAAGCA